AUGCGGGAGCUCUCGGUGCAGCUGUUUUGGUUCUCGGAUCGGAAGUGUUGGCGGAUCCUGCAGAUGGAAGACUCCACAAAGACGCAGGGGACAAGUCUUCCAGCUGCCUCAGCUCGCGAAAAUCGCGCUGGAAUGAUCGCUGGAAUGAUCGCUGGAGCGAUGUCCAGGAAACGGCGGGCGUUGGGGCGGGCCUUGGUGCAAGAUCAGCACUCUGCGGCCGUAGGCCGCUGGGUGGACACAAUGAUUCUAGGUCUGCGGCUCUGCCCCUUUGCUCAGCCUGCGGCCCAAAGAAAUGGCCUCAAGGUGGUGAGCAGUACAGGAGUGACAGGAGACGAGGUCUUAGAGGACUUGGUGACUGAGGGGGAGCUGCUGCAAGCGGAUGGUGAGAUAGCUACCACCCUGGUGGUGUGCCCACACGUGCCUGAAUGGCAGGUUCACGUCGACAAACAGAAGUUUGCUGAGUGCCUUGCGUUGAGUCCAUCACAUCCUAGAAAUGAAGGUUCCAGCUCCGAGGUCUCUGUGGGCCUGGAGGUAGCGCUGCAAUGGCAGGGCCAGCAGUGGUUGGCUGAAGUCUUGGAGGAGGACGUGUCCAAAGAGCUGCUGUCCUUGCGUUUGCUGGGGCAAAUUCUGGAGACCGCCUCCUCGGAGGACGGAGGCGAAGAUUUGGCCAUCCAGCCACUGACCGAGCCUCAAGAGGUGCUCUGCCGCCGCAGCGACAUCCUUUGGUCCCUGGAGUCCCUGGAGGGCCAGGCUGGUGGCGAGGCCUCGGUGCGGCGCUCGGCGCUGGCGCGGGCGCCGCGGCCGGUGCUGCACCUGCUGCGCAGCGGGGAGUUGGCCAAAGUGGACGCGGAGCAGCGGGAGGACGCCCGUCGAAUGCCUUUGGCGAACCAAGGGUUUUUUCCGUUGAUCUUUGGGGCCCUUGGGGUCUGGGAGGUCAAGGACCAGCUUUUGGAUCGCCUGGGACUGGAUCACUUCGAAAGCCUCAUUCGCCAGAAUCUGAACCUGGCUCCGAAGUCGUUUCGUUUCCCCGAGGAAAAUCCAGAGACGAUCCUGUACAGUCUCGAGUGGGACGGCAAGUCCUUCCUAAAACUGUGCAAAGACACGGGCCUAAUCACCGACACCUUCAACGCCGUGGAUGCUGACCUGAUCUUUGCCCGGGUCCUGAAGAAGGGCCAGCGGCGGAUCAGCCUUCCGCAGCUUCAGGAGGCGCUGGCCAAUGUGGCGGCCAAAAAGGGUGUGAGUCGUGAAGAGCUGCUGAUGGACAUCGCUGAUUCGGAAGGUCCCAAGUUGGCGGGAACCAAGACGAUGAACCUGCGACUCUAUGAGAAACCAGGUCCCUUGGUGCAACGCAAAGGAUCCACAGUUUCCACGUCGUCAGGGGGUCCUGCCUCAGCACGCAGCACUGGGCCGAGGAUCUUGGCUUCUGCUGCACAGGCGGUGGUGGCCUCGCCGUCCUUCAAGCAGGACGGCACGAGCUCCUACCAGGAGGUUUUUCAGGCCUUUUGUGGUCCCCGCAGUGGCAUGGAUGGCAAAGCGUUCUCGAAGCUCUGCAAGGAUUGUGGAUUGUUGGAUCGAAGGUUCAGCGCAGCUGAUGCGGAUUUGAUCUUCGCCAAGGUGUGUCCGCGAGGGGGUCGACGCAUCGGCAUGGAACAAUUUGAAGAGGCUGUUUGGCUCAUUGGCCGCAAACGAGGUAUGGACUAUGGAUGCUUGCUGGAUUCCAUCGCCAACUCGGCAGGUGAGUCCAUUGCUGAAAACUGCGCAGGCGGACCUUCCUUCCAUGAGCAAGCCCCUUUGCUGGCAGAGUGGGUGCAGCGUCAUUGUCCACACGCGGUGGCUCCUGAACGUGAGCGCGUUUUUGUGCAAUGGGAAGAUGUGGGCCUGUUGUGCCUCUGGCGGCAGGCCUGCCUAGAGAACUUUGUCGCCGGCAGGCCAUGGCGAGAAGUACCAGUGAGGGGCCAGGAGACCAGCAUGCUUGCUGUCGCACGACCCUCUCAGACAGGGCCCUCCGACUUUGACCGAGCGUUGUUGCUGGAACUCCAAGCCUUGAAGGAUCUCGACAGUGCAAGCUUCCCUGACCUUUCAGGGCGCCGAGACGCUGCGAAAGCGCGUUUCGAAGCCCUGUCGACCUUGGAGAGGAUGGAGGUACCUCUCUUCGCCAAUGGAAGCUAUGAAGGCUUAACGCGGAAGCAGCUGAAGACACUGGCCACGGAGCUUUAUUCCAAUGACUCAGUGGCUUUGAUCCAGCAGUAUGUGAUGAGCCUCAUCCAGCCGUGGGAGCAUCUGGUUCGCGACUACACCUUAACCUUGGCUCUCUUUCAGCUUGCCCAGGUCUACUGGACCUCCUCGAUCUUUGGCUUCUCUUUACGGCAAGCUGAAUUGCGCUUUGCGCUUGAAAAGUCCGUGGGCGAGGCCAUGCCUUUUGGAAUUUGCUGGUGUAGUCGGGAUUCCGCCGAAUCAGCUUUUUCCGACCCCCCCGCGCGCGGGCCUCGUCCAAUGAAGCUCUAUGUGGAUGUGGUGCUGCUGAGUGGGCAAAGUGCCCGGGUGUGGGGAACUCCGGAUCUCACCGUGUACGAGCUGCGGCAAAAUGCACAGCAACAACUGCAGGUGAAUCUUCUGGAGCUGUUUUUGGGCGAUCGAAAGUUGGAACCCUGGAAAAGUCUCCGAGAUCUGGAGAUCCAGUCCGGCCCUGGCGCUGUUGUGAGUGCCAGUGUUUGGCAGCCAAAGCUUUGCUCUAGUCGCCACAGUGAUGCCUUUGCGUUCAUUACGGACGAUGCUGUGCUGUGGGGCGACCCGCUGUGUGGACCCUGGGAACGCCUGGAGCUGCCCGAGGUCCGGGAAGUUCAAAUCUCCGCAGACGCCUUCGCGGCGUUGAACGCGGACGGCUCGGUCUACGCAUGGGGCGGCUUCUUCUCGGGUGGUCACUUAGGUGCUGCGCGACACGAGCUGCGGGAGGUGACGCAGAUUGAAGCGUCCCACCGCGCCUUCGCUGCCUUGAGGGGCGACGGCCGAGUCGUGACCUGGGGCGAUGUGGUUUUCGGAGGUGAUAGCAGCGAGGUGGCGGAUGAACUCUUCGAGGUCUGCCAACUGAAGGCCACACGCCGUGCCUUCGCGGCACGCCGCAGGGACGGCCGCGUGGUCUGCUGGGGCGAUGCGGCCUUUGGUGCCGAUCCGGGACACGUGGAGGCGCUUUUAAGCGACGUGGUGGACCUCUUCGCCACAGAUCGCGCCUUCGCCGCGCUGACGGCCUCAGGGCAGCUGGUCGCCUGGGGCGACCCGGCCUAUGGGGGCAAGGGGCAGCUGAGCCAUGUGGAGAUGGUGCAGGCGUCACAGCGUGCCUUCGCGGCGUAUUCCAAGCAGUCGGGCGUGGUGGUCGCCUGGGGCGACCCCGAUUUCGGGGGCGACCGUCGCUUUCUGACGGGAGAUGCCCGAGUAUUGGAGAUGUCAGCCACAGCAGGCGCCUUUGCCGCGUUGCUGGACACCGGCUCCGUGCUCUGCUGGGGCCACCGCGACCUGGGAGGCGUCUGCCCCGCCCUCGAGGGCGUGACGCAGCUGGUGGCGACGAACGGCGCCUUCGCGGCGGUGCUGGCGGAGGGCGUGGUGACCUGGGGAAGCGUCUUCGCAGGUGGAGACCCAGAAGCUUGUGCUUCUUUGGGCAGAGUUGAGGACUUGAAAGGCAGUGCCAGCAGCUUCUUAGCCCUCUCGGACGGUGAGCUGAUCGCCUGGGGCCGCGGUGUCGCCAGCGACAGCGAGGAGAAGGAGAUCCUUCCGACCCGGGAACCCGGCGACAUUGGCAGUGCGGUUCCGGGUCCCCUUGAGCUUCGGGACUUUGCCGUGGAGGUGAAGUAG